GCAUUCCAUACGCACAAUGGCCGCCGAAGUACAACUGGUGCAGCCCCUGAAGCUGCCGAAAGGCCCUUCCACACUCACGUCGGAGCAAAAGUACUGGAAUUCCUUCGCCUCUGAGCUGCGGCUCGACCCUUCGCAGCACUCGUCGCCCGUAACGCACAUUUCCAUACCGCCGCCCCAGCCCGCAAAUGCGCUUUCUGCGCCGCAGGACCUGUUUGCGGUGACGACUGGAUCGCGCGUGCAAAUAUUCUCCACAAAGACCCGCAAAGUGGUCAAGACCAUCUCACGCUUCGGCGUCGACGACAUUGCGCAUUCGGGCAACAUACGGCGCGACGGCCGCAUCCUGGUUGCAGGAGGAGACAGCGGUGUGAUACAGGCAUUUGAUGUCAAGAGCAGGGCUAUUCUCAAGACAUGGAAGGAGCACAAGCAGCCCGUCUGGGUCACACAGUGGAACCCACAAGAGCUGACCGGUUUGAUGAGUUGCUCGGACGACAGGACAGUGCGAUUAUGGGAUCUGCCGAGCGAGAAGAGCACGAUGAAGUUUGAUGGCCAUCAGGAUUACGUGCGCAGCGGGACGUUUAUGCCUGCGCAGAGUGGACUGCUUGUGUCUGGAAGUUACGAUCAGACGGUCAGGCUGUGGGAUUCGCGAGUGGGCGGCAAAGCCGUCAUGGUCUUCAAGCACGCUGCGCCUAUUGAGGCGGUUCUUCCCAUGCCUUCUGGAACCGCUGUUCUCGCGUCGUCUGACAACACCAUCAGCGUCUUGGACAUUGUGGCUGCAAAGCCCAUCCACAUGCUGCGCAACCACCAAAAGACGGUCACGGCGCUUUCGCUAGCAAACAACGGCGAGCGCCUCCUAUCUGGUGCUCUGGAUGGCCAUGUCAAGGUGUUUGAAACCACGGGCUGGAACGUCGUGGGCGGACUGAAAUACCCCUCGCCCAUUCUCUCGCUCAACGUCAUCCCUAGCCAAAAGGAGGAUCGCCACAUUGCCGUGGGCAUGCAAUCUGGGCUGCUCUCCAUCAAGACGCACCUCUCUGGCGAGCAAAAGGUCCAGGCGCGCGAAAGGGAAAAGGAAAUGAAGGCCCUGAUGGAAGGCAAGAUUGAAGAGUACGACAAGAGCAAGAAGCGGAAGCGAGGCAAGGGCUGGGAAAAGCGCCUCCGAGGCAAGGAUUUCACCGGCGAAAGCGCAGACAUUGUCAUUGAAGGAAACGCUCGCGGCAAAAUCACCACCGGCCAGCCCUGGGCUCACGCCCUGCGAAAAGGCAUGUACGCACAAGCUCUGGACAUGGUGCUCGAGUCAAAAGAAGGCAACGCCCGCGACCAAUCCAUUACGCUGCUCACGGCUCUACGCCACCGCUCUGCUCUGCGCGCUGCCCUCAGCAACCGCGACUCGCUGACGCUGCAGCCCGUUCUCCGCUGGUGUAUCAAGAACAUUUCGGAUUACCGCAUUACGCGCCUUACUACCGACGUUGCUCUCGUUGUCCUCGACUUGUAUGCCGACCAGCUCGGGCGCAGCGAGGAGGUCGACGAUCUCGUGCUCGCUCUCAUGCAGCGCGUAAAGGUUACCGUCGAAGCGAGCCAGGAUGCUUGGAAGGUCAGGGGUAUGUUGGACAUGCUGGUUAGUAGCGUGGGGACUGCCGGCGAUGGCGGUAAUGGCGCAGACGCCUUGACCUAGAAUUGCCCGCUUUCAUGAGCUCCCCCCUUCUGGUCGAAAUACUGGAUUUGCAUAGCGAUGGCGUCUGUUUUUUUUUCAAGGUAGCUUUUCUUCUUUCUUGUUUUGUUUUUUUUUCGCUCGUCCUUGGCCCUUGCUAUAUAUAAGAGUUGCGAUAUCGUAGGCGGAAAGGGAAAUGUGAAUGUAAAAAAAAAAUCGGGAAAGCGAACGGCCGAGAGCAUGUAUCAUGGAACCUGGGGUGAAGCAUGGCGAU